UAGGGACGAAUUUGAAUAUUCGAUGCGAUCUUUGUCGUAAACCACUAAAGCUGGCUGCUACAUUGCUGUAAUUGUUCGAAACCAAACCACAAAUAACUUCUAUUAACAUGAAUUUAAAGAUGCGUUAUACACAACAUCAACUACCAAGAUGUUUUUAGCAUACACACUUGGCGAAUUGUAGCUAACGCUGCCGUCAACAGGCAACUAGACGUGGUGCGGCUGCACAAGGAAGUUACGAAGCCCUUGUGUUGUACUAAAUUCAUUAAUCUGUGAAUAUGAAUUCGACGACAAGUGUUCUCCACAUUGGAGAUAUAGUAUCGUUGUACACUGAAGGAUCGGACAGUGGAUUUCUCAGCACAUUGGGAUUGGUUGAUGAUCGUUGUGUUGUACAACCUGCUGCGGGGGAUCUUAGUAACCCGCCGAAAAAAUUUCGUGAUUGCCUCUUUAAAAUAUGUCCUAUGAACAGAUAUUCGGCACAGAAACAAUUUUGGAAAUCAGCUAAACCAAUACUCUCAACUGCUAGAGACACUGUAUUGUUGACAAAAUUACAUCAUGCUGCAGAACUGGAGAAGAAACAAAAUGAAUCUGAGAAGAAAAAGUUGGUAGGUCAGGUUGUCAAGUAUGGUCAUGUUAUUCAGAUUUUACAUGUAAAGAGUAAUAAAUACCUGACUGCAAACAAGAGAUUACCUGCACAUUUGGAAAAAAAUGCGAUGAGAGUAACAUUAGAUACAACAGGGAAUGAGGGCUCGUGGUUUUAUGUUUUACCUUUCUACAAAUUACGAUCUCAGGGCGACGAUGUGGUUGUCAAUGAUAAGGUCAUUUUAAGCCCUGUAAAUGCAGGUCAACCUCUCCAUGCUAGUGGGAGUGAGCUGAUUGACAAUCCUGGUUGUAAAGAGGUGAAUUGUGUUAGUUCUGAUACAAAUUGGAAGGUAUCAUUAUUUCUUUCAUUCAGAGAGAACAACGAAGAGACGUUAAAGGGCGGUGAUGUCGUUCGUUUAUUUCACGCUGAACAGGAAAAAUUUUUGACAAUGGACGAGUACAAAAAGAAAUCAUUUGUAUUUCUGAGAACAACAGGCAGAACUACAGCAACAUCCGCCACAAGUUCGAAAGCGUUAUGGGAAGUUGAGGUUGUUCAACAUGAUCCUUGUGCUGGGGGAGCUGCCCACUGGAACAGUUUAUUGAGAUUCAAACAUUUGGCCACCGGUUACUAUCUUGCUGCAGAGGUGGACGAUGAUGAUACAAGUGAUCCUACCAGAAACAAGCUUCGCGAUAAUUCUCCGGUAUUUCAUUUAAUUCAAGUUCCACACAGCAACGAUAUUUCAUCGAUAUUUGAACUUGAUCCGACUACUAUGGCACGUCCUGAUAACUUUGUACCCAGGUCUUCAUACGUCCGACUCCGUCAUCUAUGUACAAAUACUUGGGUUCAUUCAACGACAAUUCCAAUUGAUAAGGAAGAAGAUAAACCGGUCAUGCUGAAGAUUGGAACAGCCAGUGUUCGAGAAGAUAAAGAAGCCUUCGCAAUUGUUCAUGUUUCACCGUCCGAAGUUCGAGAUUUGGACUUCGCUAAUGAUGCAAGUAAAGUUUUAGGUGAAUUUGCACUUCGCAUGGAAAAUGGAAAUGUGAGCCAAAAUGACAGGAGGUUUGUGACGAAAUUGUUAACGGACUUGGCCCAUUUCGUGACGGACACUCAAGACUCGGAUGCAGAUCCGCUAUCAAUAUCUUGCCAAAAUCCUGACAGAGACCGACAGAAAUUGAUGAGAGAACAAAAUAUUUUACGAGAGAUUUUCCAUGUUUUGAAAACACCAUUCAACAAAAAAGACGAAGAAGCCAACUUAAAACCUGAAGAUUUAGUAAAUCCCAGCAACGCCCAACUGCGUCAUAUUCUACGUCUGUGUUAUCGUGUUUUAAAAUAUGCUCAACAAGAUUACAGGAAAAACCAGGAAUAUAUUGCCAAACAGUUUGGUUUCAUGCAAGCUCAGAUUGGUUUUGAUAUAAUGGCUGAAGACACAAUUACAGAUUUAGUUCAUAACAACAGGAAAUUAUUGGAAAAACACAUUACUGCAACUGAAAUCGAAACUUUUGUCAGCCUUGUCAGGCUAAAAAGAGAGUGCAGAUUUUUGGUGUAUUUAUCAGAUUUGUGCGUUUCUAACAAUACUGCAAUUCCAGCCACUCAGGAAUUGAUCUAUAAGUCAGUUCUUGAAUCAUCUUCGAACUCUGAUCUCCUCAUAAAAACAAGGAUUAUAGACGAUGUUGUACAUGUUGAAUGGUGUACACAGAACGGGACAGUUCAGAAAAGUCAGCAUGAACUUGCUGAAGGUUUUAAGCAGGGCAACAAACAAGAUGUCGAAAUAAUGAAUUUUUACAGACAUCAACUUAAUCUAUUUGCGUACAUGUGCUUUGAUCGACAAUAUUUGGCGAUAAAUACUUUGAGCGAGGAAUUAGAUGUCGAUCUUAUUCAAAGGUGUAUGGCAGAUGAAGAAUUACCCUGUGACCUUCGAGCAGCAUUUUGUCGUCUCAUGUUGCACAUGCACAUUGACCGAGAUCCACAAGAACAAAUAACGCCAGUAAGAUAUGCUCGACUUUGGUCGGAGAUUCCACUUCAACUCAGUAUCGAAGAUUAUGACAAACAAGAUAUUUUUGGAAAGAGAAACCGCGCAAAGUUUACGAACACUGUCGAUUUUGUUGAAGCAUAUUUGCGGCAAAUAAGUUCAAAUAUUUGGGCGUUUAACAACAAAGAACAGAAUAAACUCACAUACGAGGUUGUUCAGAUAGCUCGACACUUGAUAUAUUUUGGAUUCUAUGGUCUGAAUGAUUUAAUAAAACUCACAAUGAAACUCUUGGCAAUCCUGGAUGGUGAACAGCGCGCGUAUGAUAGAGCUAAUGCCGUGAAAAUGAAAACCUCGACAAAACGGGAUGUUUCGAGAUCUGUCAGUACAAUAGGUACCCUCAUGACCCGUAUGGUACUGCCCGGGGCCAAGGAUCCCUGGGGAUUAAUUACGUCGGCUGAUAAAUUGAACAAUUUAAAAAGUUCGGAUGUCGAGAAAGAUCGUGUUGUGAUGGAAACGAAAGUGAAAAUUAUUGAAAUUUUGGAGUUUAUUUUGAACGUUCGUCUGGAUUACAGAAUUUCAAGUCUGCUGACAAUUUUUAAACGAGAGUUUGAUAUUAAAAAUGGCAGCGCGGUAGGAAAUGAAGGAAUUGAUCUAGAACGUGUUGGCAUGCAAGCAGAACAGCUAUUUGGAGGCCUUGGGAUAUGUAUUGUUGGAGCAAAAACACAUGACCUGGACUUUGAUGGAACAGGUGGUUGCACAUUCCUUCGUGUACUGUUAUCCUUGAUUAUCCAUGAUUAUCCUCAACUUGUCGUUGGAGCCCUGAAACUUUUGCUGAAACACUUCAGUCAAAGACAAGAAGUACUUCACGCUUUCAAACAGGUCCAACUUUUAGUAACAACCAAGGAUGUUGAGAACUACAAGACUAUAAAAGAAUCUUUGGAUGAACUGAGAUUGUUGGUUGAAAAGUCAGAGUUGUGGGUGUUCAAAGAUAAAAAGAGGUCAGACAAAAAAAGUGACAAACGUAAAAUAAGUACAGUGAAAGAUCAGUCGAAAAUUGAUGGAGGCGUUCUGCAAGAUUUUGGUGAAAAUGUUGACCUGCAGUCGUAUCGCCCACGACUGGGAAGUGAGGAAUCUUUAGAAGCAAAUGGUGAUAACUCUAAUGGAGACGCCAGCUUUUUAACAAACUACCAAACUAUCAAGAAGAUUCUUGAACACCUUUGUGCAUUAUGUGUGACCGAAAGUCCAAAUGGCAAACGAAAAAACAAUAAACAUGAACAAAGGUUACUUCGUAACAUGGGAGCUCACACGGUCGUUGUGGAACUUUUGCAGAUUCCAUAUGAAAAGAAAAAGGACAUCUACAUGAAAGACGUGAUGACAUUAGCUCAUCAAUUUCUGCAGCUAUUUUGUCUUAACAAUAAACAUAACCAAGCAAUCCUUUAUAAACAUCUCGAUCUCUUUCUUGUUCCAGGGCUUCACGAAGCCCAAACUCUUCAACAUAUUUUUCAAGAAAAUUUGUCUUUAUGUAACGACGUCCCAGACAAAGUAAUUCAUCAUCUGGUACGAGCCAUUGAAACUGAAGGUCGCCAAGUUCAGUAUUUAAAAACUUUGCAAACGUUAGUGAAAGCAGAGAACCAAGCCGUAAGGAAAUGCCAGGAUUUUGUCAUGGUUGAGUUUUUGAACGCUGGAGAAGAGGUUCUGUUAUUUUUUAACGAGAAAAAGACGCAAGAGAAAUUCUUUGAACAGAUGAGAUCAGAAAAAGACAAUCUGAGUGAAUCCGGUUCUAUCGCGUAUCACAUCAACCUUGUUAAGCUGCUGGCCACUUGUACUGAAGGAAAAAAUGCUAAUACUGAAAUAAAAUGCCAUAGUUUGCUUUCAUUGGAUGAUAUUCUGAGGAUUGUUGUACAUCCAGAUUGUCUGUCUGAAGUAAAAGAUGCGUAUAUUUACUUCCUCAUUCACUGCUACGUCGACACUGAAGUCGAGAUGAAAGAAGUGUACACAAGUCACCAUAUUUGGGCAUUGUUUGAUAACUUCUUAUUAGACAUGGCAAGGAUUUACACGACUGGUUUGAACAGACGACAAGCAGAUGCAUCUUUGGAAAAUUACGUCACUUCAACUAUCAUGAAUGUGAUUGCAAACUUCUUCACAUCACCGUUCUCCCAAUGUAGUACAGCAAUUGACGCCCAUCAACUGGUGUUCGUCAGAAUUCUUCAAAGUGUUUAUCGUUUAUCCCAAUGUUCAUCACUAAGUGGUACUCAGAAAUACAACGUUGAAAGCUGCAUCCGCACUCUCUGUGACGUAGCAAAGACACGCUCUAUUGCCAUUCCUGGGGAUUUGGAAAAUCAGAUUACCAUGAUGUUUAAUCAAACUGUAAUGAUGGCAAAAAGUACACAAAAGUGGUUGAGUCAUGGCAAGAAGAAAGAAUCAGUGGUCAGUAAACCGAUUCCUAAAGACUACAGAAACAUUAUUGAAGGUCUUCAGGACAUCGUGUGUUUGUUGGAAGAACAAUUGCGGCCUCUGAUCCAAGCAGAGGAAUCGGUGCUAGUGGAUAUCUUGUAUAAACCUGAACUCAUGUUUCCUCCAAAUUCUGCUUGCCGGUCAAAGUCUGAGAAGGGAGGUUUCAUUUCAAGGUUGAUAAAACACACUGAACAAUUGGUGGAAGAUGAAGAAAUUUUAUGUAUUCAAGUCUUGCAACAUCUGAGAAAUAUGGUCGAGAGAGAGACACGUUUCGGACGUAAGGCUGCUAAUUUGAGAUCAUUAUUAUUGAAACGAUAUUUUGGUGCCAACUACUCCAAGAUAAUGGAAGCAUCAGAAGAGAAAAUUUAUCAAACUAAAGAUUCUUCAGUUCGUUCCGAAAAACUGGUUCUUAAACGAGCAGGUGUAACCUUAUGUGAAAUGCAGUGUCAAUUAAACACUUGUGGUGCUACGGAUCUAGUUAUUGAUAUUAUUAUGAAGAAACCCAGCUAUCCUGUGUUUCUGGAAUGUAUAAAACUCGCUAUUUCAUUACUUGAAGGUGGAAAUCAUUUAAUACAGAGGUCAUUUUUUGGUCGUUUCAUAAAUGGAAAAUCUGAAGCAUUUUUCCAUAGUGUUCAUGAUAAAAUGAAAGAAGCAGAAAUUGCUAUAAAAAACAAUAUGACGGUCAUGGCUGAAAGUAAUGCUGGGUUAGAACCGAGUGACACAUCUCAAGGUAAUGCACAACAAAAUAUUGCCAAAUCAUCAUCUGGAAGAAAAACCACGGUGACAACAGGUUUACAUGCGCUGCCUUCGUAUCUCAAUAUGAGUGAUGAGGUCAAGGAGCAGCUGGCCGAUGCUGCUACGCACACAACCCGAGCUUAUGCAAUGGUUCGUCGUAGUCGUCAACCUGAUGCUGACACUGAGCAAGGAAGAACUGGAGUAUCUUCAGAAAACAGAUCUCUCGUAUCUGCAAGAUCACCGAGGGCUAUUGGGGGAUCCAGUGUAGCCUCGAAUGAAGUUCUCCUGGUUAAGCCGAUAAUGAGAUUUUUGCAACUUCUUUGUGAAAAUCAUAAUCGUGAUCUACAGAACUACAUACGGGAGCAAGACAACAAAACAAGCUAUAAUUUAGUUCUGCAAACUUUACAAUUUUUGGAUAUCAUUUGUGGCAGCACAUCUGGAAGCCUGGGUCUUCUAGGCUUAUAUAUCAAUGAAGAUAAUGUUGAGUUGAUCAAUCAGUGUUUGGAAAGUUUGACUGAGUACUGUCAGGGACCAUGUCCUGAAAAUCAGAACGACAUUGCAUUGCAUGAUUCUAAUGGUGUGGAUAUCAUAUCUGCUUUGGUGGUAAACGACAUCAAUCCUCUAGCAAAACAACGAAUGGAUUUAGUAUUGGAGCUCAAGAACAAUGCUUGCAAGUCGUUACUGGCAAUUUUAGAGAGCAGAAACGAUGGCGAGAAUGCGGAAAGAAUUUUGUGCAGUUUGAGUCCAAAACAAUUGUUGGAGUCGUGCAGAAAAGCGUAUGAUUUUGAAACAGUCGACCAUAACAACAACAAUGAUUUUGAAAGUGAUAUUUCUCCUCGUGAUGUUGGACACAACAUUUAUAUCUUGGCUCAUCAACUAUCUCGCCAAAGUAAGGAUUUAGCGUGUCUGUUAAGAGCUCCAAACAACCCUGAAGAAAACGAAGAGCCGGUUGGCGCCUUGGAUUAUUAUUCACGCCACACGGCACAGAUUGAGAUUGUUCGCUCAGAUAGAAUGAUUGAACAAAUUGUUUUCCCAGUUCCACAAAUCUGUGAAUAUUUAACUGAGCGCAGUAAACAUCGUGUGUUUAAAACGACAGAGCGAGAUGAACACGGCAGCAAGGUCUCGGACUUUUUCUCCAGAAGCGAUGAUUUAUUUAACGAAAUGAAAUGGCAAAAGAAGCUCAGAGGAAAUAAGAUGUUGUUUUGGGUCAGUAACCAGAUGCUGCUCUGGGAACGAAUAUCAAUGAAUUUAGCUGUUUUAAUAAAUAUCAUGGUCGCGUUAUUCUACCCCUUUUCUGGAACUGUGCGAGUGAUUGAUUACCAUCUUUCACUUCUGGUGUGGAUUGCUAUGUUCAUCUCAUUUGCACUUAUUAUGUUUUCCUCUCGUCCUUCUGGUGUCAGGACAUUUCUCUUUGCUCUAAUUGUUCGUUUGUUCUUCUCAAUCGGCCUGGAAGCCACUCUCGUACUUCUUGGGAUCGUUAACUUGCUUGCCAAAGGAGUAUUUCUUGUUGGAUUUAUUGGCAAUAAAGGAUUGUUUCAACAUGGACUAGCGAAAAUUGCAUCAGAUAAAGAUCUUCUAUUUCAUCUUUGCUAUUUUGGAUUCUGCGUCUUAGGGCUUUGUGUCAAUGAAUUAUUCUAUAGCUUGCUGUUGUUGGACAUUGUACUUCGUGAAGAAACCUUAAUCAAUGUUGUUCGGAGUGUCACAAGAAAUGGACGAUCUAUCAUCCUUACUGCAUUACUUGCCCUUAUUCUCGUCUAUUUAUUCUCCAUUGUUGGAUUUCUCUUCCUGAAGGAUGAUUUUUUAGUAGAAGCCGAGCCUCGGAUGCCACGUAUCGUUGACACAAGUGAAUCAAGCGAUGAUAGUGGUGUGUGUUCAGCUUCGUCAUCUUGGGAAAAUCGCUAUUUUCCGGUUCAAGAUAAUGAUAAUGACGUAGCUGACUCAGUUAAAGAACAUGCUUGUGAAACAUUAGCCCUGUGUAUUCUUACAACAUUGAAUAAAGGCUUACGUAAUGGUGGAGGUAUUGGCGACGUGCUGCGUCCACCAUCACUCAGGGAGCCGAUGUUUAUUGGUCGUGUUGUUUAUGAUAUGUUGUUUUUCUUUAUCGUUAUCAUCAUCGUUCUUAAUCUGAUAUUCGGGGUUAUUAUUGAUACCUUUGCUGAUCUGAGAAGCGAAAAACAGAAUAAGGAAGAAAUAUUAAAAAACACCUGUUUUAUAUGUGGCUUGGGUCGUGCUGAGUUUGUAAACAAAGUUGUUUCAUUUGAUGACCACAUAAAGACAGAACAUAAUUUGUGGCAUUACCUCUAUUUCAUCGUUUUAUUGGAAUUAAAGAAACGAACGGAUUUCACUGGACCACAAAGUUAUGUUUAUGGGUUGAUAAAGCAACGAAAUCUAGAGUGGUUCCCUCGAAUGAGAACUUUGUCAUUAGCUGUGGACAUUGAGGGAGAGUCUGAACAAAACGAUGCUAAAAUUUUGCAAGAAAAAUUGGAGAAUACGACAAAACAAGUGCUGGCACUUUCUACACAAUUAAAAGAAUUACGUGAGCAGAUGUCGGAACAACGUAAAUAUAAACAACGUCACAGUCUUUUUGCUCCCCAAACAUCGCUAAAUUACACUCUGAAUGGCCUAAUACCCCGAACGUAACAAUGCAGAAAUAUAUAACUGCCUUUUACAAAGCACGAUUUCAAAAUUGUAUACUACAAAUAAAAUAUCUAGUAAUUUAAUUUGACACAAGCAUAAUUAAGUUAAUUCUUUUAAAACGUUAUUUUUUUAACCUUAAAAUUUAUUACAUGACUAUAAAAAAGCACGCAGUAGUGGCCAGGAAUACCUCCAGUGCGCAUGGGCAUUAGAAGUAUAAGCAAUUAGUAUAUCGAUUAUUUAAUCAAGAUGUAAUUAUUUUGGCAAUAAAGUAAAUAGUAAACACUGCCUUUUUUCAAUAAACCUGUGUUUCAUUGACAUUGUUUGUGAGAUACAACCAUAUAGGCAGCCCGGUAAAUGCGGGUACCGCCUGCAUACUAUCUUAUGUAUAUACGCAUUGACUGGGCUGCCUAUGGUUGGCAUGCUAUAAUAAGCACGUAUCAUAUCAUAUCAAUCGCAAGUAGACUGGCAUUGCAGUGACGGUCAACCUUGUCUUUGCC